AUGACGUCUUCUGCAAACAUUACUUUCGAUGACUACCUCGGGUUAAAUGCAUGUCUCUACGAGUGGGCAGACAGCUACGACACAAAAGACUGGGAUCGUCUUCGCAAGUGUGUCGCCCCUACCCUCCGCAUCGACUACCCCUUCCUUAACAAGAUCUGGGAAGCCAUGCCCGCAGAAGACUAUGUCGCCAUGAUGAGCAGCAAGCCCAUGCUCGGCAGCCCCCUCCUCAAGACGCAACACCUUGUCGGCGCAAGCCGCUGGGAAAAGAUCUCAGACACCGAGGUAGUGGGCCAUCAUCAGCUGCGAGUCCCGCAUCAAAAGUACACCGACGAGACGUUCAAACAAGUUGCCGUCAAGGGGCAUGCGCAUAGUAGCAAUAAGCACUGGUAUAGAAAGGUCGACGGCGUGUGGAAGUUUGCGGGGCUGAGUCCCAGGAUGCACUGGUCCGAGUAUGAUUUCGAGGCGGUAGCUGCUGAGGGGCGUGAUUCGCUUUUAGCUGGGACGGAGAGGGAUGCAUGAUGGGUGAGAGCAGUGCGAGGUCUUUGGAAUGCUUGCAAGGUUGUUUGGCAGUUUUCAGGAACGAGUUUGCG